AUGUCUGAUAACCCAACUAUCGUCUUGCACUGGUACCCUACCUCACCUUUUGCUCAUAAAGUCGCAUGGGCUUUAAACUUUAAGAAAGUACAGUACAAGUCGGUCAUAAUUUCUCGUGUCGAACCUCGUCCCAAUCGUCGUCCUAUUGAUGGUGGAUACAGAAAGACACCUAUACUCCAAAUUGGUAAUCAUACUUACUGCGAUACCAAGGCUAUCUUUGCUGAACUUGAAAAAAGAUUCCCUGAGCCAAGCUUUUAUCCAAAAGGCCCUCAUGGCGAGCCUACAGAGGCAUCAAUCAGCGCUUUGGCUCGAUGGUUAGACAAUACCCUGUUCAUGAGCACCGGUAGUCAAUUCCGUGUUGAAACUUUUGACGAGACUUUUAUAAAGGACCGAAGUCAAUUCGCUGGUAGAGAGAUAAACAAGGACCAAAUAAAUGCUCUCAAGCCUUUCACGCGUCACACCUUGAAGGCUGACGUGGCGCUCUUGAAUCAUUUAGUGACUGAACAUAGUCAAAACGGCGAGAAGUGGGCCUUUGGCACAAGUGAACCAUCUGCAGCCGAUCUUCAUGUAGCUAUGAGUCUUUGGUUCAUAAAUGCCAUGAUUGGCUUUGAUUGGAUUACGGAUAAUUUCCCAGUGCUGGGACUUCAGUUGAAGAAGACUCUAGACUAUGUUGGUUACGAACAACUCGGUUCUUUACCAAAGAUUUCUGAAGAAGAGGCUAUUGAAGUUGCCAAGAAAGAAAGAUGGGAUUUGGAAGACCCAAAGCAUGAUGGCUCUUUACCUAUUGAACUUGGCACAGAGGUCACAGUCAUACCUACUGAUACAGGUGUUGUGCCCAGCGUAGGUAAAUUAGUUCAUAGCACUAUUCGGGAAACUGUGAUUGAGCACAAAAACGAGACUCAUGGUACUACAGUUUAUAUUCAUUUCCCUGUUGUCGGUUUUGUUGUUAUUCCAAAGUUAAACAAGUUAUAA